GACAGCUUGUGCUAUAUUUGUGGAGUUUGCCCUCAUCCUGCUGACCCCAAUUAUCAGGUUAACCAUUUACCUUCAGGUUUCACCUCCAUGGCCCCUUGCCCCCAUCACCCCCUCCACCCCCCCCCCCGACCCACCCCACACUAUCCAUGUCAGCAGUGACAUAGCUACAGGCGACAUGAGCUUUCGCCACAUAGAACAUGGAAGCCUCUGGUGAGAGUGGGGGAGAGAGCGGAAGGGAACUAAAAGGAAAUUAUUUGUACUGUGGGAGUAGCGGGGAGGAAAUAGUCAAGGUGUAAAGGAAGAAGGCAAAGCGUGGGAGCGCAGGGAGUAUCAAUAAAUACAGGGAUCAUCGGAAACAGGUCAAGACUUAAACCCAGAGGAGAGAGAAGGUAGAGAAAGAGCGUGAAGUGGGAUUUACACCUUUGGACCCAACACUAUUUUUACUGGAGGAGUGUUGACUGUACACUACUGUGUUUGGCUGCUGGGAGGAAAAAAUGGAAGGAGCUCUCAUAGUACUAUAAGUGAUGGAGCCCAUGACGGUGACGACGUCGGUGGUCGGACCGGACGAGUUCGACCGCAACGCCCCGCGGAUCUGUGGUGUGUGCGGCGACAAGGCCACUGGCUUCCACUUCAACGCCAUGACCUGCGAGGGCUGCAAGGGGUUCUUCAGACGCAGUAUGAAGCGUAAAGCCUCCUUCACCUGCCCAUUUAACGGAAGCUGCACCAUCACCAAGGACAACCGGCGUCACUGCCAGGCCUGUCGUCUCAAACGCUGCAUCGACAUCGGCAUGAUGAAAGAGUUCAUCCUGACAGAUGAGGAAGUUCAGAGAAAGAAAGAAAUGAUAUUGAAGAGGAAGGAGGAGGAGGCAGCCAGGGAGGCGAUGAGGCCGCGGCUGAAUGAUGAGCAGGCUCGCAUCAUCUCCAGCCUGGUGGAAGCUCACCACAAGACCUACGAUGCCUCCUAUUCUGACUUCUCCCGCUUCAGGCCUCCAGUGCGUGAAGGCCCAGUAACACGCAGUGCCAGCAGAGCUGCCUCCCUUCACUCUUUGUCUGAUGCCUCCUCUGACUCAUUCAACCACUCACCUGAGUCGGUGGACACCAAGAUGAACUUCAGCAACCUGUUAAUGAUGUACCAGGACGGCGCUAGUAGUCCAGACUCCAGUGAGGAGGACCAAAAGCUUUCCAUGCUGCCCCACCUGGCUGACUUGGUUUCCUACAGCAUUCAGAAAGUCAUAGGCUUUGCCAAGAUGAUCCCUGGCUUCAGAGAGCUGACAGCAGAAGAUCAGAUCGCCCUGCUGAAGUCGAGCGCCAUCGAGAUCAUCAUGCUGCGUUCCAACCAGUCGUUCAGUCUGGAGGACAUGUCCUGGAGCUGCGGAGGACCUGACUUCAAAUACUGCAUCAAUGACGUUACAAAGGCUGGUCACACUUUGGAGCUGCUGGAGCCACUGGUGAAGUUCCAGGUUGGUCUCAAGAAACUCAACCUGCACGAGGAAGAACACGUACUGCUCAUGGCCAUCUGCCUGCUCUCCCCAGAUCGUCCCGGCGUCCAAGACCACGCCCGCAUCGAGCAGCUUCAGGACCGUCUGUCGGAGGCGCUGCAGGCCUACAUCCGAGUCAACCAUCCGGGCGGACGCCUCCUCUACGCCAAGAUGAUCCAGAAGCUGGCCGACCUGCGCAGCCUGAACGAGGAGCACUCCAAGCAGUACCGCUCGCUCUCCUUCCAGCCGGAGCACAGCAUGCAGCUCACCCCGCUGGUGCUGGAAGUGUUCGGCAGCGAGGUGUCAUAGCAGAGACGGAGGCGCGUGUGCACACGUACACACACUCAACACACACAAGAUGAUUAACCAACCCGUACCGCCUUUCCCCCCAGAAAACCCCCGGCCUUGAUACAACCCUGGACAUGUGGGAGAAAGAUGGAUUAUGAAAUAGCUAGACAGUAACCUUCACCUCUUUGUCAUCUGCCAUACUCCUUCUCUUCCUCCUCACCUCCAAGCAAGAGUCAGAUGCCUGGACCUCUGGAUUUAUGGAUAUGACACCUGAAUAUGCUGUGGAUUUCUGCGGCACUUGGAUAACAAGAUAUAUAUAUUUUGACCGCUGGAUUUGCAAACACAGUAGCGUGUUACAUUUCAUUAUAUCAAGCAGAUAUCCUGACUCAUUGACAUCUGGAACAGGCGGAUCUCUCCACAUCCACAAACUUCUCAUCACCACCUUACCGGGCAUCACUGCUAGAUUCCUUACAUUGUUUUCCCAGCGUGACGGACGGAUGUGACAGCCACAUCCCUUUUUUUAUCAUCGUCCUUAUUACAUUACUCCAUGUUCACAUCAUUGCAAUGUCAGAUUGGAAUAGAUACACAGAUUUACAGUUAUUAACAAUACUGGCACUUGUGAGGUACAGCUACUUCGUUAGUGUUAAAUAGCUAUAAGCUAUCGUUGAUUUUACAGUUUGUUGACAGCAAAGAUAUCCAAAUAUAUUUAACAUCAACAUGGCUAAGCUUACAAU